CGGACUUGGUGUCCUUUACGAAACAAUCGGACCACUUCGAAAAACUUCUACCUGUUCACGUACAAAUCAUCCAUAACUUUAACUACAACUGGAAAGAUUAAAGAGGAUUUUUGGAAAUUUGUUCUUAAAAGUUUAAAUCAUAUCUCCUCGUCUGUUGGAAAUAACUUCUCAUCAAAUAAUUGUCUUCGUCCAUCCCUCUUUCUCUCUCUCUCUCUCUCUCUCUCUCUCUCUCACUCUGCUCCCUUCUCCCCUAGUCGCUCAUUCUACAACAGUUUUAUACCUUAGGCGAAAAAGUCCCUUUUUCAGCUUUAUCCAAGCGAUAAGGUUUUAUCGGACCUGAAAAAUAGGGAAAAAGGCGCGUUUGCUAUCGUAUGUCAUUACUCUCACUACUACGUCUGUCAAGUUUGGCUUGACUCGAACUUUGGCGAUGCUGCGCAGAUGUUUGUCAUUUCAUCUCAAGUUUUCGACCAAGUAAAAUUCUCUCUUAAAUUUCUAUCUAUACAUUUCCCGCUCUUCUAUCUCUAUUCUCUAUCCUACUUGCCUCCUCAACAAUCAUGCAGAGAGAUUUAAAGAAUGAUUUGGAAAGAAGUAUUCUCAAUACUAUCGGAAAGGUAUUGUCGACCAAUUCCAGUUCAAGCGCAAAGAAUCUAUGUAUUAAAGGAAAUUUCUGUGUUUCGGAUGAAAAAUCACAAAUGUUGGCAUGGGUUCAAUUAGAUCAGACUUUCAAGCUAAAUAAUAAUAAUAAUGAUAAUAACAGUAAUAAUAAUAAUUAUAUUAAGGAUAAUGAAGAAGAUGAAACUGAGGAUGAUAUUAUUUCCCAAACACCUACAGAAGACGAAGCAGAUGAUGGAAGUGAUUUCCAAAAGGAAUGGAAUGAAGAGAGUUCAGGAGACAAAAUAAGAACUACAACAUCAAGUAUGACAUUUAAGACGAGUCUAUUGCAAAGUAAGAAUUGUCAACCGUUAAAAAGAGCGAUCGAUGUAAGCAUGUUCGAUAGUCCUAGUAUGGUAUCACCACCAUAUGAAUAUGCUAAUUACGAUGAGGAUGCCCUACCUAUGGAUCUCACUAUUGAACAAAAAGUUAAAGUCGACGAAGAACGGUCCAAGAAGCGUACGAAAAAGCCUUCAGAAAAUAAUAGUGCUGAAAUUUCGGCCAAGUUUGCCGACAAACUACAGACUGUUUCUGAGAUACGGGAUGGAAAGAUAAGGAUAAGGCCAGUUAUGUCAGGAAAUGGGCGUUAUAUGUGCCCUUGGAAAGGGUGUGACGUUUCUUAUAAACAUUACGGAACAAUGAAACAUCACGUUCAACAGACGCAUUGCGGUUUGAGACAUACCUGCAAUUAUUGCGGUCAAGACUUUCAAACAAUUCAAGGUAUGAGUCUUCACAAGAAAACCAAACAUUGGAAUAUGAUGAAGUUUACUUGCUCCAACUGCAGUGAAAGAUUUAAUACACAAACCGCAAUGGCCCAACAUUAUAACAAGGUUCACGAAAAAAAGAUUCAACCUAGUAUAUGAAUUUUUUAUGCGUUUUUUGGAACUCUUGUAGACGAAUUUCGUACUUUAUAUAUAAUUAUAUAUACAGUAUAUAUGCAGUCUGUAUGUUGUAUGUGUGUGUAUAUAUAUAUAUAUAUGUAUAUACAGUAUAUAUAAUGUAAGAUAUAUGAAUAUAUGAUAUAUAGUAUGCAGCACAUACAUAUAUUUAUAUUAAUUUUUGAAUACAGU